CGGUAACAAAGCAAAAGUCUUCGUUUGGGCAAGAAGAAGUGAAGGCGAAGAGGAUGGCCGCGCCGCUCAAUCGACAGGCGGCACAUCUGCUGUUGCCGCCGUCUUCGUCGUCGUCGUCGAGCGCCGAGAUUGCGGCCGAGUCCGUGCUGGAGCUGAGGCGGUCCGGUGUGCUCCAGCGUCUGUCGCGGUCCGAGGCGCCGGCGGAUGCGACCGAGGUGCAUCGGCUGCUGGUCCGGUGCGACUCGCUCGUCGGCCAGGACUCGCGGCAGGGCUUUCUACUGGCGCGCGAGCUGCUGCGGGCGCUGCCGUGGUCGCACGUCAGCGCACACGCGUCCAAGUGGGUCUCGAGCGGCAUCGCCAACCUGCGCUAUGCGCCCCGCGAAAUAGUCGGCGUGCUCGACAUCCUCAUGGGCAGCGCCUCGCGCGACCGGCCAGAGUAUCACCGCGCCGUCGUGGCGCCGAACCUGGCCAGCUAUGCUGGCGCAAUGCUCAACGUGGCUGACUCGACGCAGGAGCCUGCAGUGCUGCUGCCUCUCCUCGGCUCACUCGCGGCCCAGGUCCGGCUGCAUCCGUCGUCAUGCCGUCCCCUGGCUCCGCGAAUACACAAGCUGUGCGCCGUGCUGCUCUUCGACCGAGGCAUUUUGGUUCCGCAAGCGACGAAGCUGCUCUCGGCGCUGCACCUCACAGGCAAGGGCGCCGCUGGAGCCGCCGAACUGUGGUCGGCCACGAUGGCAUCGGUACUUGCCGAGGCGAGAGCCGCGUGGGCCGCCUGUUCAUCGACGUUUGUAGAGUCACAAGAAUGGCAAGCGGCGGCGAACUCGACGGCCACCACAAUGAUGCCACCGCUUCCUUCGGACUCUCUCGAGGCGCUGCCCCUCGCACAGCGGCGGCUUGGCCUGCUGCUGGGCCGACCGCCGAUGCAGGGCAUGCUGCCGUGCCUCCUGGGCGAAGCGACCUCCUCGCCCGUGCCCGUGCCCACCGGUGCUCUUUACUCGCUCGCGCAUGCCAUCCUGGCCGUGUCUCCCUCGUCGCCCCCUCGCCAACACCCUCCCGUGGAUGCGAGCGUGCAUGCAGCGCAGGUGGCCUGCCUCGCCGGUGCACACAUGUCGGCCAUCAACCUCCUCGUCGCACUGCAUCUCACCGUCGACAGGGGUGUGUGCUCGUCGCGACAGGCCGACACCGUGGCUCGUCUGCUUGCCUUCGUCGAGGGGAGCCACUACUCGUCGGCCCAUCGCUUCGUGGCCUUCAAGGCCAUCUCGAUGCUUGGUCUGCCGCUCGAUCCGCAGGCACGGCUCGUGCUGCGUGCUUCGAGGGCCUGCCUCGCCCAGAUCUCGCGGCUCCUCCUUCACACGCACGCCGAGCAGCAGCAGCAGCAGCAGCAGCAGGCGUCGGCCUCGACGUCGCGUCCGACGAAGCGCGCAAAGAGGGCCUACGAGUCAGACGACCUGGGCCUGGCAUCGCAGGAGCGCAGGGGCUUGGCCGAUGUCGAUGGCGACGAGAGGGCCGCAUGCAUGGCUGCCAUGGCCUGCCUGCCAGCGCUCUUUGGCCUGCUCACCACCUACCUCACUCCCGAGCACCACGACCUCGCCCACACCACCGCCCUCCUCCUUGCUGCCGUAGCAGAGGUGUCGAUGGCGUCUGAUUCUGCCAUCUGUGCUGCCAGCCUCUCGGCUUUGGCUGAUGUCGUGGCACUGAGCAGGGGGUCCCUCUUGGCCCUCUUGAUGGCUCGCGCAGGACUUCAGGGCGCAACAGCGGCCUGCUCCCCCGAUGCUGGUCUGCGUGCAGCGGGCGCCAAGCUGAGAGGCGCUCUCGACGCAGCCCUCCAUCCUCGUCUGCCGCUCAGACUCGAUCUCAAGCUUCAGCAGGACGAGGCACUGCCCACGUCGUGGACUGUCAGUGUUGGUCAGCAGGGGGAAGAAGACAGCCUCAAGUUGCCAAAGGUUGAGAUCGAGGAGCAGCCGGGGUCCAACGAGGCAACAGCCAUGGAGCAGGUCCUUGGCAUCCGACCAGCUGCUGCUGCUGCGCUUCCCCUCGCCCCGCCCUCACCGUCACCGCAUCCACCAUCACCCUCGCAACAACAACAACUUCGCACGGCAUCGGCACCUUCAGGGCCUGUUUCUGCAGCUGCUCCCACUACUACCACCACCUCCAGUCCAAGCCCGGCCGUGACGGCGGCGACGGCCGCAGCCAUCAGGGAGCGCUUCUCGCCCGACCCCGUCAAGCCCGUGCGGAGGCCGAGCACACCCAGGAUUGGAUCGCCCGGUGCCAGCCCGGACCGGAAGAGCAACGCAGCAUCGGGAGGAGCAACGACGGCUGCGGCUGCAUUCAUGAAUUCUGUUGCAAGGGGCGGCGGCGGACAGAGCGGCGCUGGAAGCCCCACGUCGGCACUGACACCCAAGAUCAGCUCUCCGCUGGCUGCGGGCAGGAAGCUGGGGCCGGAGAGGCCUGUCGACGAGGACACCGUCAUGGAAAGUGCAGGUGGUAGAAGAGGAGGUGGUGCAGCUGAUGAUGUCGACGAUGAUGACGAUGACGACGACGAAGGCAUCCCAGAGCUAGACCUCGGCUCGUCAGACGAGGAGGAUGAGUGA